AUGGAUGCUGAAGAGGAGCUGCAUUAUGAAGGGGAGGGCCCAGUUGUGCACGAGUGUGUACAGAGGCAGCAGGGGUCUCCUCGUGGGGCUGCUGCUGCUGCUGCUGCAGAAGGAGAGGGGGAGAGUAAGAAGGAGGAAGACGAUGUCGAGGGUACGGGGGCCCCCUUGGGGGCCCCUCAUCUAGAUAGAAGGUCUGUGGAUGAGGAUAUGAGGGGCCCCCCAGAUAGCGGCGGCGAGGCGGCAGCGGAGUGCAGCGAGCAGCAGCAGCAGCAGCAGCAGGAGCAGCAGCACGAUGAUGAAGAACAGCAGCAGCAGCAGGGCUUGAAACCAGGAAGCAGAGGAGAAGGAGGGGGCCCAGGAGGCCGUAGAACGCAGCACCGUGUGCUUAUAGCGAACCUCGACGCUAGUGUCCAGUGGCAAGACUUGAAAGACUUUGGGCGCAGAGUUGGCGAAGUGAAUUUUGCAAAUGUUGUUUUUGCUGGAGGACGAAAAUACGGGUACAGCAGCAGCAGCAACAGCAGCAGCAACAACAGCAGCAACAGCAGCAGCAGCACCAGCAGCAACAGCACGAGCAUCACCAGCAGCAGCAAAAGCAGCAGCAGUAGCGGCGAGCAGAUAUUAGUGGAUCGUAUAAUGAAUAUCCUGGGGAGAGUAUUAGAAUAUUGUGAAGAAGAAGCCAUGGAGAGGGCUUUAAAAGAGCUAGACGGCGUUCGGCUUCGUUCUUUGGUUGUCUCCGCAAGAAGAGACAGAGGAGACUUCGUCUCUCUUGUAUCUGCAGCAAGCAGCAGCAGAAGAGCAGCAGAAGCAGAGGGUUUAGGAGGUGGGGGGCCCCCCAGGGGGCCCCUACCGCCACUUCUUCGGGCCCCCCCACCGCGAUUCCUUCCUAGGGGGCCCCACCCUCUUUCCUUACCCCAUGCAUGCGAUCCUGAAUAUAGAUUAAGAGAGGGGCCCCCUGAACCCUCUCUUAGACUUCCUGAUUAUAGAAGUAGAACAGGGUAUGCUCCUCCUCUAUUGAGGCCUGGGAGAGGAGGUGGGGGCCCCUAUGGGGGCCCCUAUGGGGGCCCCCAUGGGGGCCCCCCUCCCCCUUACCCUCUGAGGCUAGAUGAAGAUAUGCAUGGACCUCUUAGGACUAGCAGCAGUCAGGAAGAGUAUGUUGGGGGGCCCCCUCAGCAUGGAAGAUAUUCACGAGGAGGGGGGCCCCCUGGGGGCCCCCCUAUUGAUCCUAGGGGUUAUAGUUUUAGAAGGCGUCUGUCUGUAGAAGGGAGGAGGGGUGUCUCCCCAGAGCCUUUAAGUAGGAGCGGCAGAAGGUCUUUAUCUUCAUCGCCUUCUUAUGGAAGGGGGGGGCCCCCCAUGCAUGCAGGGUACAGAGGGAUCUACUCAAAGGAGACAGCUUAUCCUACCGGAGGAGACAGACAACAAUCAGGUUGGGGAGAGGGGGGCCCCCCUCCAGAGGGGCCCUAUAGAAGAGAUACAUCUCGCAGAGGGGGGAGCAGCAGAGUGUAUGUUAAUGGGGGGCCCCUAGGCUCAGCAGAAGAAGGAAGCACAGGGGGGGGCCCUCCUCCUCAUGCUCUAGGGCCUCUGGCUGAUAGGGGGCCCUCGCCGCGGGGCUCCCUAUACCCUGCUGCUGCAGCAGGAGAGACAGCUGGGGGAGGUGGGGGGGCUUCCUCUCGUCUCGCAUUAGACAGAGAGAGGGGCCCCCGGGGGCCCCCUUCCCCACGACGCACGCGUGGGGGACACGGGUCGCAUGGGGGUGGGGGUCCAUACCGGGGGAUCGACCGAUCCCGAUCCCGAUCCCGUUCCCGAUCCCGCUCCCGAUCCCGAUCCCGAUCCUGGGAUCGAAGACCCCACACGGAGUUGAGGAGGAGACGAGGGUCACCCCACGCCUCUGGGGGGAGCCCCCAUUUAAUGGGGGCCCCCCCUCCACAAACAGAGGUUAGGGCAGGGAGAUGUGCAGAGGGGUCUCUUCUAGGAGAGGGGCCCUUCAUUGCAGGAGACGUAAGACGGAGACACAGAAGUAGAAGCCCCAGAGCACCAAAAGGGGGAGCAGGGGCCCCCUAUUUAGGAGGGGCCCCCCCUUCUUCUCACUCAGCCCAAGACAGACAGGUGAGGGCCCUCCUUCCUAAUGGGCCCCCCCUCAUGGGAGACGAUCGAUCCCGAUCCCGGGGCCUUCGGGAUCGUCGCGAAGAGUGUGGAGCCCCCUCGGGUCCCCCCGCUCAUGCAGUGCAUGAUAAUUAUGGCUGGGGUGGUAGCAGUAGAAGAGAAGUCCUUUGGACAGAGAGAGGGGGUGGGGGCCCCCACCCUGGGGGCCCCCCCCCUUCUUCCCAUGCAGAAGGGGGCCCCCGGCGGCGAGGAGACUCUCCGGGGCCUAAGCGUCGAGUUGGGGGGCCCCUAGAGGGUUCAGUAGGGGGAGAAGGGGGUGGGGGCCCACCCCCUGGGGUGUAUGGAGGGGAGGUGAGGGGUAGAAGGAGACAAAUGUCUCCGGAUGAGUGUAGCUCUUUACCUUAUAUGGGGCGCAAUGUGGGGUUGAGAGGAGACAGAAGAGACAGUAGAGGGUGGGGGGGACAAGAGGGAGGCUCGGGGGCUGGUGCUGCUCCCCUCGCCCCUAGGGGAGGGGGGCCCCACCCCUAA